AGUCCUAACUCCCAACCCAAGUAAGCUACUUGCAACUAAACAUGCCAAAUCUCAAGUAGGUCCCACUUCCGCAGCUAUAAAACGAAACACCCCUCCCAACACACUUUGUUCUUCCACAAAACUGAAGAAAAACAGAGAAAAACUUACACAGUCGCGCACGCACUCGAAUACUCGAACCGUCGCAUUUUGAUUUUCUCUGACGUUUCCGGUAACCGCCUAAGUUUUCCUGGCACAACCGUCGUAGUUUCUCCGACCACCAUGGUCGACGUGGACCGUAGGAUGACCGGAUUGAACCCGGCCCAUGUAGCCGGCUUACGUCGUCUCUCCGCUCGAGCGGCCGCAGCCCCGACUGCCACCACCUCAACUAUCCCAGUACGGCAUGGGCUGCUUUCUUUCUCUUCCCUUGCCGAUACGGUCAUUUCUCACCUUCGCAACUCCGGCAUACCAGUGGAAGAAGGCCUCUCUGAUGUCGAGUUCGCCCGCACCGAGGCCGAGUUCGGCUUCGCCUUCCCUCCCGACCUCCAAGCCGUUCUCUCCGCCGGCCUUCCCGUCGGGCCUGGUUUCCCCGACUGGCGUGCUGGAGCUGGUUCUCGCCUCCAUCUCCGCGCUUUGCUCGACCUACCCAUUGCCGCGAUUUCCUUCCAGAUUGCACGUAAUGCUCUCUGGCCGAAAUCUUGGGGUCCACGACCGUCCAACCCUGAAAAGGCGCUGCGUAUCGCUCGAAACGCUCUAAAGAGGGCGCCCCUUUUGAUCCCUCUCUUCAAUCACUGCUACAUCCCCUGUAAUCCUCCUCUGGCUGGAAACCCUAUUUUCUUCGUGGACGAGAACCGAAUCUUUUGUUGCGGAUCGGAUCUAUCGGAUUUCUUCGAACGCGAGUCGGUGUUCCGAUGUGAUGACUCUUGCAUCCUUAAGAAGCAGCGAUCCGUUAGCGAGAAGACCACCGGAUCGUCGUCGAAUUACUCAAGAAGAAGCUUAGAUACCGGUGGUGGCACCGGAAGCGGAGGGAGAACACCCAGGUGGGUCGAAUUCUGGAGUGACGCGGCCAUUGAUCGACGACGCAGGAAUUAUACAUUGUCGUCGUCUCCAUCAUCACCGGAGCAGUAUUUCGAGAUUUCCCGCCCGAUAUUUCGGACGAAAUUGCCGAAAUGGGUAGAACGGUACUUGGAGCGGAUCGGGACGGUUUUGAGAGAAGGCGGGUGGGGCGAACCGGACGUGGAGGAAAUGAUACAGGUAUCGGCAUCCGGUUUUUUCGAAGGAGAUAUUGCAUUAUUGGACAGCCAAACACUCCUUGACGCGCUACUGUUGAAAGCAGACCGGUUUUCGGACUCGCUCAGAAAAGCGGGCUGGAGUUGUGAGGAGAUCACGGACGCACUGGGUUUUGACUUCCGGCCAGAGAAGGAAAGAAAAUCAGUGAAGAAAUUGUCACCGAAGCUCGUUGAGAAGAUGGGGAAACUGGUAGAGUCGGUGUCGCGGCCAUGAAUAGCGGUUUCCCGAUA